CUCCUCCCUUCUCCUCUCCUCCCCGCUCCCGCCUGCCCCACCCCUGGGAAGCCCCUCCCGUCGGGCAGCGCCGCCUUUAUAAGCGGUUUCUCUGCCCGGGGGCGGCAGCGGCUGGUCGGCGGCAGCUCUGCGGGUGCGGGGGCGGCGAGCCGAGGACCUAGCGACCGCGUCCGGAGCGUGCCGGCCACCGCCCGCACCGCCCUUCCGCUCGCUCCGUGGACGGCCGCAGCCCUGCGGGUCUCCACUCCAGACCCACCUCCGCCCCACCCCGCGCGCCUCUGCCGCCUCUUCCAGAGAUCCAGCUUGCUGAGCGGCCGCCAGUGCCGCUGUCGCCGCCGCCGCCGCCACCGCGCCAGGUUCCGGCCGCGGCCACCUUCCGCCGUCCAGGGCCCCUCCGUCCCGGCCCCGGGACCCCGGCUCCCCGCCAGCCCCGGCCCCGGCACCAUGUCGGAGAAGAGCGUGGAGGCAGCGGCCGAGUUGAGCGCCAAGGACCUGAAGGAGAAGAAAGAGAAGGUGGAGGAGAAGGCCAGCCGGAAAGAACGAAAGAAAGAAGUGGUGGAGGAGGAGGAGAAUGGAGCUGAGGAGGAAGAAGAAGAAACUGCUGAGGACGGAGAAGAGGAAGAUGAAGGGGAAGAAGAAGAUGAGGAAGAAGAAGAUGAUGACGACGAAGGGCCCGCGCUGAAGAGAGCUGCUGAAGAGGAGGAUGAAGCUGAUCCCAAGCGGCAGAAGACAGAAAAUGGGGCAUCAGCAUGAGCCCCCUGCCAAUGGGCUGGGGUGGGAGGCCCCCCAGGGCCUGGAGAUGGGGGCAGGGUCAGAUGAGUGCAGCCACUCUUCACCUGGCUCCUUGCUCUGGGCCUUGCAUCAGAGCUGCCACCCUCUUUCUCCCAGCCUUCUCAUGUCCACCUCUCCAGACACUGCCCCUCCAUCUCCACUCUGCCGUCUGCCAUGUCCUGACCCGUUCCAUCUGAGCUCCCCAGCUGGUCCCCAGUUGCCCCUUUCUCUCUCCUUCUCAUCCUUUCUCCCCCCAGCCACUCCCGCCCCUCCUCCAUUAGCCUCUCCUUCCUAACCGCUGCAUCCAGCCUCCUGUCCUGUCCGUCCCUACCCUGCCUGAUCCCUGGGUCUCCUUCAGAUCCCCUCCUUUCAGACAGCGCCAGGCCAGGGUGGGGCCAGGGUUGGGACCAAGCCCCACAGCUACCCCCUCUACCCCCCUUUUUGUAUAAUUUAAUAAAGAAAUGGUCGAGCUUCUGUUUUUAA